CUUUGGCCACGUGCGUGAACAUUAUUUUCUAUCUGAUUUACCGGCCGGUAUAAGAAACAUAAUAAUUGGCGAAUGUCGAUGUGGGUUCGCAUUUCUUUUACUGUCUGACCUAUUCGUCAAGAUUUUCAUAUAAAUUAAAAUUUUCUGCCUUUAGAGGCGCGUCAGUCGUGUUUACCAAUUCCUUGAAGAUUGUCUGUGUGUUACUGGAAUCAAAACUGGAAUAUACCAGAAUUAUUUGAAGGCUGUUUGAUGGCUUUCAUAAACAGUUCUCUUGAACUAAAAACUUGCUCUCGAUGCCGAAAAGAAAAGCUAAAACAUUCUUCUAAAUUUUACGUACAAAAUGUUUAGACGAUUCUUGGAGAAUCGUAUACGCAAACAAGAAAACGGAUACUAUUGCAACCUGUGUGAAAACUUUCUUCAAACUAAGAAAGAAGCUUUGGUGCAUAUUGAUUCGACCAACAUAUAUCAUAAUACGUUAAAGCGAGCACAAUUUAAUGAAUCAGAAUGCGAAUUUUCUUUUUUCUCGGAAAAAAAACUACAGUCACUAGUAGACAAUUAUAUCUUGCAAAUUCGUUCUUCUGUGUAUCGUUGUCAAAUUUGUAAUUGUGUAAUGCAUCAUGUGAAGAAUGUGUUUGUACACAUUGAAACAAGUAAACAUUUAGAAAAAAUUAAAAACCAACCAAACGAGGCCUUUGGUGGACAAAAUGAUGUAAAGAAUGUAAAGUUGAAGGAAGCCAUGCAUGUGCCUGCGGAAGGAGAAUCGAAUAAUCAAAAGCAGGAACAGAAUUCUCAAAUGAAAAAUACAGGGACACAAUUAUCAAUCAUGCAAAAUCAUGAAUCGAAACAGAUUGAACAAUCAUCAGUGCCAUUCGAUUGCAAAUUAUGUAACAUAAAAAUCGGCUGUCAACAAACUUUAAUAGAACAUCAACGAGGAAAAAGGCAUUUACGGAAUUUAUUAAAACCUUUUAACUGCAAAUUAUGCAACGUGCAAAUCGAGUCUGAAAAAUCUUUAAUGGAGCAUCAACAAGGAACAAUGCAUACAUUAAAUGCUAAAAAGAAUAGUUUUGGAACAUGUGAACCAGCUCCCAACAUUUCCAAUUUACCUGUCUACACAUGUUUUAUGUGCGAUAUCACUUUUCAUAAUAGUAACACUAUAAUUGAGCAUUUUAAAGCACCAGACAAUGGCUGUUCAAUUAGCUCUUUAUUAAAGCCAAACGAACUUAAUAAAGGAGUUCUUAGUUGCAGGUUAUGCUUCACUGAUAUUCCCAAUGAAGUGGUUUGUUUGAUACAACAUACGCAAGGAAAAAGGCACAAAAACAACGCAAAAAGGGUGAAGAAUAAAUCACACCACAAUAUCACCGAAUACGACCCAAUUACAACAUGUGACCCCAUUUCAGAAAGCGAUUCAAAUAAAAAGCGCGAUGUAGUUAAAGUUCGUAAUCAAAAAUCACAGAAAUCAGUUAAAAACGUUUUCGAUUUACCUGUCUACAUUUGUUGUUUGUGCGAUAGCACUUUUUCUGAUUAUGGCACCACUGUUCAGCAUUUUACAGAACCAGACACUAGAUGUUCACUUUUAAAAUCAAAGAAAUUCAAUAAGAACAUUUUGAGUUGUGGGUUAUGCCGUAUUAAUGUGCCUAAUUCGGAGGCUUGUUUGCUUCAACAUACUCAAGGAAAAAGGCACAAAAACAAAGCUAAAAGAGCGAGGAAGAAAUUACAAAAGAAUUUCCCAGAAUACGAUCCAAGGACAAUAUGUUACCCCGUUUCAGAAUGUAAUCCAAAUCAAAAACGCGAUGUAGUUACAGUGUGUAAUCCAAAAUCACAAGAACCAGUUAAAAACAUUUUUAAUUUACCUGUCUAUAACUGUUUUCUGUGCGACAGUACUUUUCCUGAUUAUGGAACUACUUUGCAGCAUUUUAUAAAACCAGAUAAUGGAUGUUCAAUUUCCUCGUUAUUAAAACCAAAGAAACUUGAUACUAAAAUUUUUAGCUGUGGGUUAUGCCUCGUGAAUGUGCCUAAUUCGGAGGUUUGUUUGCUUCAACAUACGCAAGGGAUAAAUCAUAAAUACAACGCUCAAAACCAGAGUGAAAAAUCACAACAGAAUGUCCCUGAAUACGUUCCAAAGGCAACUUGUAACCCUAAUUCGAAAUGCAAUCUAAGUACAAAAUGUGAUGUAGGAGUAAUAUGUACUGCGCUGGAACCAUUUCAAAAUAUUUACAAUUUACCUGCCUACACUUGUUUUUUCUGCAAAAGUACAUUUUCAGAUAAAGACUCUAUAGCCCAGCACUUUUUUGAAUCCAGAAAAUCUUGUUUAGCUUCCUCGUUUAUAAAAAAACAUUUGAUUGUUGAUAAUCAAGUCAUCUACAGCUGUGGAUUGUGCUGUACAUCUUUGAUUAAAAGUUUUGAUGAUCUUCUCAAGCACACGCAAGGUAAAAGGCACAAGACCAACACUAUACAAGAAGAUGAAAAUUCUCAACUGAAUGUCUUCAGUUGUAAUUUCAUUGCAAAUGUAACCGGCAAUGCAGACUGUGAAUCGAAUGAAGAAUGUGAUGAAAAUGGUAGAAAACCAGUUCAAGAAGUUUCCAGUUCCUCUACUUAUACCUGCCUCUUCUGUAAAAGCAAUUUUUCAGAUAAAGAUAUUAUCGUGCAGCACUUCUUUCAGCCAGUUAAUAAUUGUCGAGCCUCUUCAGUUUUUAACCAAACUAUUGUGAAUAAUAAGAAAGUUUUUAGUUGUAUCUUGUGUCAUAUUUGCGUGUUUGAAGCGUUCGAUUUCGUCCUACACACACAAGGAAAAGUGCAUAAAAUGAACUUUGAACAGCAAAAAAACAUCCCUGGGUUUGGCAUCUCAAAAAAUAUUUCUGAACUUAAACCUGAUUUAAAAGAAAACAUCGUUUUAAAAAAAGAAAUCUCCAAGGUUUUGAUGAACAUUUCAAACAUAGAUAUUUCUUAUUAUUGUAAAAUUUGCAAUAUUACAGCUGGCAGUGAUCUACAAUUAUUCAAACAUCUUAACGAGUUGCAACACUUGAAGCUGAUCUCAAAGUUACCGAAAGAUUUUAACCCCUUCAUCUACUGCCCUGCUUGUCAAGUUCAGAUUUCAGAAGAUAAAGCAAUGAUGAAGCAUCUGGAUAGUAGUGAACACAAGAGGAGACUUUUUAAUCUUUUUACAAAUGUGGACAACUCCAAACAUAAUAAAACACAUAUUAAUUCGGUUUCUGAACCCACAACAAAGAUGAAUAAUCAACCUAGCGGAACACAGAAUAAACCCAGUAGGAAAAGUAAAAAACCAAAUUACGAAGACCACAAUCAAAGUACCCACGUUGCUCAAAAUGAAGACGUUUUUAAAAAUAAAUCUUUUUUAAAUAUUACAAAUUUUAAUCUUCUUUAUAAAUGUUAUGUCUGCAAUACUACUGCCGAUAGUGAUUUUCAAUUACUUGACCAUCUCAAUGAUCAUAAACACAAGAAUAGUCUCUCAACAUUGCCAAGAGACUUUGUACCCUAUAUAUAUUGUCCUGUCUGCAAAAGUGAUAUCUUUGAAGAUGAGGAAAUGAUCAGUCACUUGGAAAGUGAUGGCCAUAAAACAAGACUCGUUGAUGUUUCUGAGAAAUCUGGCAGCAAGAUAGAAAAUUCAAAUGAAAAACAAGCUGACCUGCAAAUCAAUUUGGUUAGUGGAUCAAAAACUAUUUUAGACGAAUUGUGUAGUGAAAUGAUAAGGAGGCCGAGAAAGCCGAAUAGCGACCUCAAAAAUAAGAUUAAAAUCACACCUCACUUCAGUGAAGAGUAUAGCAAAAUGUUUCUCGAAAAGGGAUCAUCAAAUAUAUUUAAUGUGGAUCAACGAAAGAUGAAAAUUCUGAAGUCGGGAAUUGAAUUAUCGUUCCUUCUGCAUGAUGAAAGAUUGUGCCUUGUUUGCAAUCAGAGAAUGCCAAACAACCAGCAAAGUCUUUACGAACACUUGCUUAACGUGGAUCAUAUUCGCAAACUUGAUCAGCUCGUCAUUAACGACCUUGAAUUUGAACAUUUCCGGGAUCAAUUCAGUGAUCUUGCUUUAGCUAAAGAAUUCUUGAUAGAAGUGAAUGAUGAUGUAGCUUUUUGUUUUCCUUGUAAGGUUGAGAUCGAAAAUGAUGAUAAUGCCAUUAAAAAUCAUGUUGAAAGAGAUGAGAAUCACAGAGUCGAGUGUCAAGAGCAGAAAGAACUUACUCAAGAUAUCUUUAAGAAAUUUAUUGAACAACAUAACAAUUUUUGGUACAUUGUUCAAAGAUUCUGGUGUCAAGUGUGUAACGCGAAGUUUGAAUAUGAUAUAGAUUUUGUGGAGCAUAUAGAAGGAAAAAAACAUGUUAGAGAGUUUAAAAAGUUGUUGGCGAAAGAGGUGGACAUUUGCUACGAUGUCUGUAUUCCGUGUGCGAGCAUGUCGAUGGGACUUCCUGAUACCUACACGAAGCAUUGUGAAGAUAAAAUGCACAAAUACUUAGUAAAAAGCCAGGAUUAUGCGGUACCGGAAAUGAUUAAACCUGCUAUGAAUUUACUGAAUAAUGUGGAAGAAACUGCUGAGUCAUUGGUUCUUGAAUCGAAUGCAGCACAAUUUUCAGAGAAGAAGAUUGGUCUGGUUUUAAAACGUUUAGAAGAGUUAGUGAAGUCACAUUAUCCAGAAGCUAAGGCUUAUGUUUUUGGAUCUAGAGCAUCAUAUCUCGCCUUUUCCGGUAGCGACGUGGACAUUUUUCUUGAUUGUGGUAAUGCAUACAAUGGAACGCAGCUGUUAUCAAAAACCCGUGAAUACUUGUUGAAUUCUCAAAUAUGCUUUGAAAGCCAGCCAGAUGAAUGGGACUUAAAAGAAGUUCUUUUAAAAGUGAGAGCACCAAUCAUCAGAGUUAGUCACCGAGAGCUGGGGUUGAAUUGCGAUGUUUCUUUCACAAGCGGACUUACGGUGGAAAAAACGAAGAUCGUCAGAUUGUUCAUGAUAUCAUAUCCACCUUGUCGAAAGAUGGUUCUAUACUUAAAGAAGUGGCUGAAUACGUGUUUACUGACAGAUACGCAAGGUCUAACAACAUUCGGGAUUACUUGGCUUGUGAUAUUUUAUCUUCAACAGAUUGAAAUCUUACCAAGCAUCGCAGAACUAAUAAAAAGCAAAAGUAAUUCCAAAAUCAUUGCCGGUUGGGAAACUGGCAUCGGUCAAAAGAUUCCAAUUAAACAUAGUUCAUUGAAAUUUCAAGAGCUUCUUAGAGGAUUUUUCGAGUUUUAUGCAAGUUACGAGUACAGAUCUUGCGUUAUAAGUCCUUUAAUGGGAAAAUCGCUCAGAAAGCAAGAUUUCACUGAUAAGAACGUCAUCCAUCUGCCUCCAGAAAUGGAGAGUUACAGUCGCUGUAUUGAGUCCAAGUCCAAACCAGAAAUCUUCCGUAUCGAAUCACCAUUGUGUCUUCAGGACCCGAUCGAUCUUGCUCAGAACAUUACCAGAUCUGUUUCUAAAUUGAUAUUGAGAUGUUUCAUACAAUACUGCCGAACUAGUGUAGAAAAACUAAGCAACUUACGAUAAAAAUUCGAAAUAAGAUGCAUGCAAAGUUUUAUAUUGAAGAUUGUGAUAAAUAUUUUAUAAUUAUGAGGUAAUUUAUUACUUGAAUUAUUCUGUCUCAGGGUGGCCACUGGGCCUGGAAGUAAUGCUAAUUUUUUCAGGUUUAAUUGUAAACGAUUUAAAUUAAGAUAAUUUAACUUUAAAUGUUUCCAGUAUGAUAAAUGCACUUUGAUGCCAUAAUUAUAAUAUAAAGUUUU